AGCCGCCCGCUGCACAGACGCACGAGUAGAAAGUGCAGCUCUAUUGGCUGAUCUUCACUGAGCUCCCAGUUUAGGCGGCACCGGGCGUCCCACGAUGCCGAAGAAUAAGAAGCGGAACGCGCCCCACCGCGGUGGCAGUAGUGGCAGCGGUGGCUCAGGGGCAGCCGCGGCGACGGCGGCGACGGCAGGUGGCCAGCAUCGAAAUAUUCAACCUUUUAGUGAUGAAGAUGCGUCGAUUGAAACCAUGAGCCACUGCAGUGGUUACAGCGAUCCUUCCAGUUUUGCUGAAGAUGGACCCGAGGUCCUUGAUGAGGAAGGAACCCAAGAAGACCUAGAGUACAAAUUGAAGGGAUUAAUUGACCUAACCUUGGACAAGAGCGCAAAAACAAGGCAGGCAGCUCUGGAAGGCAUUAAAAACACACUGGCUUCAAAAAUGCUCUAUGAAUUUAUUCUGGAAAGAAGAAUGACAUUAACCGAUAGCGUUGAACGCUGUCUGAAAAAAGGGAAGAACGAGGAGCAGCGCGCAGCCGCAGUGUUGGCCUCCGUUCUCUGCAUUCAGCUGGGCCCUGGCAUUGAAAGCGAAGAGAUUUUAAAAACUCUCGGGCCGGUCCUAAAGAAAAUAAUCUGUGAUGGAACAGCUAGCAUCCAGGCCAGGCAAACGUGUGCGACUUGCUUUGGUGUUUGCUCUUUUAUUGCCACAGAUGACAUUACUGAGCUGUAUUCAACUCUGGACUGUUUGGAAAGUAUCUUUACCAAGUCCUAUCUCAAAGACAAAGACACCAAUGGUAUUUGCAGUACCGCUUGCACGGUGCUGCACAUCAGCGCGCUUCUCUCGUGGACGUUAUUGCUGACCAUAUGCCCAAUCAGUGAAGUGAAGAAAAGGCUGGAGAUGCAUUUCCAUAAGCUUCCAAGCCUGCUUUCUUGUGAUGAUGUAAACAUGAGAAUAGCUGCUGGUGAAUCUUUGGCACUUCUGUUUGAACUGGCCAGAGAGAUGGAGAAUGACUUUUUUUAUGAAGACAUAGAAUCUUUGACCCAGAUGCUGAGGGCUUUGGCUACAGAUGGAAAUAAACACCGGGCCAAAGUGGACAAGAGAAAGCAGCGCUCCGUGUUCAGAGAUGUCCUGAGGGCGGUUGAGGAACGGGAUUUUCCAACAGAAACUGUUAAAUUUGGUCCCGAACGCAUGUAUAUUGAUACCUGGGUCAAAAAACACACUUACGACACCUUUAAAGAGAUUCUUGGGUCAGGGAUGCAGUACCAUUUGCAGACAAAUGAAUUCCUUCGCAAUGUGUUUGAACUUGGGCCCCCAGUGAUGCUUGAUGCUUCAAUGCUUAAGACAAUGAAGAUUUCUCGUUUUGAAAGGCAUUUAUAUAACUCUGCGGCUUUCAAAGCACGAACAAAAGCUCGAAGCAAAUGUCGGGAUAAGAGAGCAGAUGUUGGAGAAUUCUUCUAGAUUUUUAGCACUUGAUAACUUUUUUUAAAUUUCUUUUCCUAUUUUUAAUGUAUAUAAGCCUUAGACAGUUUUUAUCUUGAGUCAAGUUAUCUCAUGUUUGUAGUGGGGGUGGGUUAUAUAUUCCUUCUGACUUAAUGUACAGUAUUGUAAAUGAUGAGUUCUGAUUAUCAAAUAUUCUCUAAAUAUAAUCAGUAAACAUGAAUAAGGUAAAAUUGUUUGGUCGUGUUCUAUUUAAGAAAAGAGCAAAAAGAUGGUGUUUCACUUGAUUUCAUGUUGAAAAGGGUUUGAUUUCUUCUGUAGUCGUCAUUGUCAAAGUGUUGGCGAUUUUAAUGGCACACAUACAAGAUAAUAAAUUUGGGUUUGGAUAUAAGUUUUAGAAGCUGGUUCCUCAGGAAAAGCUGCUGUGUUUUAAAUUUUAAAUGGACUGCGACCAUUUCAGUUUUGUCAGUAGAGUGAACAAAGGCAUUACACACUGAAGUUUGCAAGCGCUGUCCUGAAGGGCCAUUGAUGCAUUUCAGCUGCUGGGAUUGGCAACAUGCAGCCUGAGCCGGAAGGGUCGCUCCUCUGAUCCUGUCAGCAGUCACGCUCGUGUUAUCUGCAGAGUGAGACAUUCUUAUCACUUGGAAAUAAAGAUCAUUUCACACUGAAAGUGCUUGCUUUCUUUCAGAAAAAACAUUUUUAUAACUUAGAGGUAUAGAGCUCGAAAUACUCAAGCCAAGUAGGAAUGUUGUAUGUUUGAAAACAAAUAAAAUAAAUAUAGCAAUAUAAAAUUGG